AUGUCUUUUACUGCUUUCCCGCUCGAUAAGCUAGGCCUGACGCCUGCUCAGCUACAACUCUGUACGAAAGCCAACUACCUAAACGCCCAAGACGUCCUCCUCAUACCCCUCCCCGACCUAUCCCGCCGACUCAAAAUCCGCCUACCCGAAGCUCAAGCACUCAUCACCGCUAUCUCCAAAGCGAUCGCUCCUCGUAGCAGCCUGGUAUCUUCGCUCGUAGGCGAUGACGCCUCGACGAGCGGUGCGGGACUGGGAAAGCGGAAGAGGGGGAGUAAAGGGAGAGAAGGGGAGGGGUGGAUUAGGACGGGGGAUGUUGAGCUGGAUACGUUAUUAGGCGGAGGUGUCAGGGUAGGAAGCGUGACUGAGAUUGUCGGUGAGAGCGCAGCCGGCAAAUCCCACCUAUCACUCCAUCUCGCCCUCGCCGCCCAACUCCCCUCUCUCACCUCUUCCCCUGGUGGAACGAUUAUCCUCACCUCCGAGCGCGAGUUAUCUACCACCCGCCUCACGCAAAUCGGGGAGGUCAUGUCCCGCCGACACGCCCAGAACGUCUUUAUGAAGCGGGACAGCCUGUCAGACGGGGUUCUCACUCGUCGAGUAGCAGAUGUGGAGGAGCUGGAGGAUGUGCUGAGCUACGGGGUGCCGGCGCUACUGGAGCGGGGCAGGGGCGGUCCGGGUAAACGUGGGUCGAGGUUGAUGGGAUCUCCCACCGAGGAGGAUGAGGCGGAGCGGGAGAAGGGAACGCAGGCUGGACCGUCCGCUCUCGGAGCGCAGCGACCAGGGAUAUCCAACCCCCUCUUGGCGCCCUCACCGCGGAUCAAUCGUCAUCCAGCCCGUACGUCUCUACCUGCACCGACCAGCCACCGCGCCCCGCCCGCCCCCAAACCCAUCCGCCUACUCAUCCUCGACUCCCUCGCCGCCCUCCUCCGAGGCGCGGAGACGUCCUUCUCGUCCUCCCGCGCCGGACUGACCGCGCGGUCCCGCCAUCUCUGCUCUGUCGGGGAUAAGCUCAAAGCCCUGGCGGUGGAGUAUGAGCUGGCGGUGGUGGUGAUCAAUCAAGUGUCGGAUGUGUUUGGGAAGCAAAGCUAUCCUUCCACGUCGACGGACGAUACUCCGCCUGGACCCGCAGGGACCUACGCCAACGGCAAUGGCAACGGCAAUGGGAACGGCUAUCGCAGCACUCCGUCCCAACACCCCACAUCCUCUCAAUCCCUCACGCACGAUCAGGCAUGGUACGCUGCCGGUCCCGACCCGCCCAUGCUCUAUGCUACACAAGCACGGUGGUUCUCUGGCCAAGGGUCCAGCGGGAAGAAGGAAGCCGCCCUCGGGAUCGUCUGGGCGAACGCCAUCAACACUCGGGUCAUGCUCAGUCGGACGGGGAGACGGCGAGUCCUCAAACCAGAAGAGAAGGGGGAUCAGGCGGACGUCCCAUUCGCGGAGAUGAGAGCAGACGGGGAUGACGAAGGAGAAGGCAACGGCGAACGGACGUUGAUUCGGCGUGCACACCUCAUCUUCUCGCCCUUCGCGCCGCCUGGAACGAUCGAUUUCGUCAUUCGCGGAAGCGGCGUGCGUGCCUUGCCGGGGACGUAUGCGUUAGAUGAGAGCGGGGCGAGGGUGUUGGCGAGAGCGAGAAGGCGGAGCGCGAUGAUGGCUGCUGGGGAGGAAGAAGAGGUUAUUGCAGAGGCGGAAAGAGAAGAGGCGGGACCGGGAGCAGCUGCUGAGGCAGAGGCGGACGAUGAUCUCUUUGGAGCGAUGAGCGGGAUGGAGGACGUGCCGGAUGAAUGGUGGGCUGGGGCGCUUGAUAGUGAGCUGCAGGCGGAAGAGGCGGCGGCGGCGGUAGCGGCUGGGGUGGCAAUGGGGCGGUAG